GACGAAAGGACGCAGCGCUGCUUCUAUUUAUCUAUUGCAUCGCCCGACGCAGCAAUUGAAUCACAGUGCUUGCAGGAAUCGCUCUUUAGCACAUCAUGAGGGCGACCCUACGGCUUCUGGCUAAUGUAAAGCCAGCCAGAUACCUGGAACCUUUCACACCAACCGGUCUUACUGGCCUUUCAACCCACCCUAGCCCUCGACCAACACUCAUCUACCUCUAUACCACGACUCUCCAGAAACUGAAAGCGAUUCCGGAAUCAUCUGUCUAUCGCAAAUCGACAGAGGCCCUUACCAAACACCGAUUGGAUGUCGUACAGUCUACGAAGCCACCAGGGUUCGACGCCUGGCUGCAACGAGUAAAAGCUCUCGUUGCUGAGAACCCAGAUAAAUACAAGGCUGCUCUGAGGGAAGACGGCACCUACGCUGCAUUCCAGCUUGAAGAGGAAAACAUUGCCAAGGAAGACGAGCUUUGGGGUGGAGAGAGCUCCAAGGUGCAGCAGGAGGGUGCAUACCUCAGCGAGGAGGAGAUGGAGGAGCGCAUAAAGGAAUCAGAAGCACAAGCUGCCAUGCAGGCAACUCCCACUAUCCAUUGGGAGGCAGAGCCAGCUCUGGAGGCUGUGCAGAUUUCCGAGAUUGAAAACAAGAUCGGCGGUGGAUUAAUAGAGGAGGUCAUUCAAGUGGCCGAGGGAGAGCUCAAACUUGUCGAUGAGAUGGUCAAGAGCAAAGUAUGGGAGGAACUUGUGGAAAAGCCCAAGCCUGGCCAGUGGACUUACUUCGAAAGAACUGAAUCUAGCUCAUGAUCAAUUUAUCUAUGCUUGAUUCCACG